AUGCCUCUCCCUCGAAAGCGCCGCGCGGACGAUAGCGAAUCUGACGACGAAUACCAGUCCCCAGAACCUUCCAAUGCCCAAAGCCGACGUCGCACCGCCGUGGACUCCUUCAUUGCAAAUGACUCCGACGAGGAAGACGACUCUCAACUGGGAGCAACACAGGUCCUGGGAGUCAACCCAAUGGUCAAGAAGAUGGUUAGAUUAGCGUUGGCCAGCGAAUACUCCCGGCAGGUCAUCCGGCGAAAUGAUAUCAGCCAAAAGGUCCUCGGCGAAGGGUCAAGACAGUUCAAGGCCGCUUUUGCUGGAGCGCAAGACGUGCUCAAGAAUGUAUUCGGGAUGCAGAUGAUAGAGCAGCCAAUGAAGGAUAGACUGACGGUCAGUCAGCGAAGAGCUGCCCAACGCGUUGACAAACCCUCCUCAUCCUCAAAAUCCUGGACCCUUGUCUCCACCCUCCCACCCGAAUACCGUAUCCCCGAAAUCCUCCCGCCCACCAAAGCCCCUUCAUCUGCCACUGAAAGCAGCUACGUCGCUCUCUACACCUUCAUAAUAUCACUCAUCACCCUGUCCGGCGGCUCCCUCGCAGAGCAAAAGCUGGACCGAUACCUCCGCCGCGUCAACGCAGACACCUACACCCCACUCGAUCGCACAGAGAAGCUCCUCACCCGCCUCUGUAAGGACGGGUAUCUAGUGCGAAACCGCGACGUCGACGGGGGUGAGGAGGUUGUCGAGUACCUUGUGGGUCCCAGGGGGAAGAUCGAGGUGGGCACCGAGGGAGUGGCGGGCCUGACGAGGGAGGUCUAUGGAUAUGGGAGGGUUAAUCGGGCACGCGGACAGGAUGAUGAUGGUGAUGAUGACGAAGCGAUGGAGGAGUUUGAACAACGGCUUCGUCGGAGUCUAGGGUUCUCGGAUAUGGGAGCACCCCGUGGUGCACAGGAGCGAGGGGAGGCAGCGAGUCAAAGUGGUCAGCCUGCUCGGCGACCGAGGAGAAUUACGAAUAUAGAAGAUGGUGACGAUGGUGACGACUGA